AGCUGGGGUACCUUAAAUGUCACCCCUCGAACUUGGCACCAUUCCUCCUCAGUGUUGUUUCUGGUCUCUGUUAAAAGCGGGGCCUCGUCCGGGUCAUACAUAGCGUCCCUAUUCGCAGAAGCCUUCGUCAUCAGAUUGCUCGGUCACUGCCUUUGCUGCAUCUCAAAGUUUGCCUCAGAUCCCUCGCCUCAAUCUACCAAGAACAGAUCUGCCAGGCACAGAGCCAACCGGCGCGCCUUUCUUCUAUUAAAUGGAGCGGCGUUUAGUUGUAGACAGUGUAACCUCGGAGAAGUAUUUGCGAAUAGCAUCUGUCUCCAUUGCGAUUUACGAUUAUAUUCUGACACUGCCUGCAGAAUGGCGCUUUUACCGAAACCAAUCAUCAUUUUUUCAUAUGAGUCUUGCCUGCGCCUUAUUCAUUCUCAUACGCUAUGGUAGUAUCUUGGUUAUAUUGUUCAGCAAUUACGGAUAUUUCUCUGCCGCCUUUACCCUACAAACAUGUCAACAAUACUAUCUUUUGGCGCCUGUCUUCAAAGCCAUACAAACUAUGAUAUCACAGGUCAUCCUAGGUGUCAGGACAUUCAAUAUUGCAAGAAGAGAUAGGCGGAUAGGAAUUGCACUAUUGCUGCUAUACCUCUUCUCAACUGCGGCGGAGUGGUUCGCCGAUCUAUUUCAUGGGUCCCAACCAACAGCUGCUACUGUUAAUGGAAACUGCACCUCAGCAAAUUCUGGCAGGGUAUUGUCAACCUGGUUCUACUACCUCGCUGUGAUACUGUAUGAUAUUGUGAUGGUGACAAUAUCUACCAUGCAUCUUAUGCGUUAUAAUCCUCUCAGUAGCAGAAUACAACAACUGAUACGGGUCCUGAUCUAUGACGGCAUUGGAUAUUUCAUUGUGUUGUCUGGCAAGUUAUGUUCUGCUUGUGAUGAGCAUCCUCCUAAUAUUCCCUCAGCGUCGAACGUAUUGAACCUCAUCCUUUAUCAUACGACCAACAUUGAGACUCAGUCGGCAGGGGCAUCAAUAGGUUAUGUUGUAACGUGGAUCAUGAGCCAACGGAUCCUCAUCAAUAUACGAGAGCCAAAUACCCAACACGUGGAAAACGUGAUCAUCGCGCGUCCCACACUCACUGCGCAGAAAAAAGUGAUGUCCGGUCU